GUCCGGGUUCUCAGGGUUCAUUUAUAAGACUGGAUUUAAACAAGUAGCGUAAUGUUUACGGAUUUUAUAAGCUAACGACAGCAGUUUUAGAUGUGUUUUAAAUUUUGUUAAAACACCAAUGGGCUUUUAACACGUUUCCACGCGGAGCGAGAGGAUUUACUCCGGUAUCUUCCGGUGUUGUGUCAGGUUUCGUAGGGCUUUAUUUACACUGGAUUUUUGCUUUGUUUUGAUUUUUGUAAGAUAUCGGACGCUAGCAAUUUUAAAUAUGUAUUAAAUUGAGUUAAAACACGAGUUGGGUUUAGGCAGGUGGUUCCGCGGGAGCGAGAGCUUCACUACUACUUACUUCCGGUAUUGUGUCAGUGACUGCGGGUUCAUAUUAAAAAACAUGGCUCAUUAAUUAGACUGGAUUUAAGCAAACAACGUAAUGCUUGCGGUUUGUGUACGCUACCGACAGCGACUUUAAAUGCCUAUUUUUAUUUUGUUCAUCGGGUUCUAGCAGGUGGCACCAGUCUGUGCUACUUGCAACAUGUUUUAAUUAACAUAGUUUUCACCCUGAACAGCUUAUUGAAUAACAUCUUAGAGACUAACGAGUAUUUAAUUUUUUUUAGGAGGGUAAGACAUUUUACAGUCCACAUGAGCGCACUGAAAUGUGUUCAGUAUGUUGACUCAAGGUUCCGCCACCACUGUAGAUUCCACACGGAGCCAUUUUGCGAACGGACCUCGAGUUUGCGCUGUACUCUCAAGGAAGUGCGGAAAAAUUGGUGCGCCUUUUCAGCUGAGUUGGCUCAUAUCAAAAGCUGGCGAUCUCUUGUUCUUAUCAUUAAUAAACCUGGAGAUAAAUUGUCUCUGAAGCAGGAAGUAAUAAUCUGACAGAGGCGACGUACGGCGCAGGUUUGAAGAUGCCUCGGAGAAAGAGGACCGCCGGCAGCAGCUCGGACGGGACGGAGGACUCGGAUUUUUCCGCCGACCUCGAGCACACCGAAGCUGCAGAGAGCGUGCACAGGCGCAGCAGCACGCGCCUGACCCGCGCGUCACUGCGACUCAGCCGCAGCUCACAAGAUAAUUGCAGCUCAGCACGGAGCAGCUCUCCUGCAGCCACAGGUCCUGACGAAGGCCAGGAUUCAGCAGCAGAGUCAGCAGCAGCAGCAGCAACAGCAGUGGCAGCGUCCGUCUUCUCCUCCGGGCGCAGGAUCACACGCAGCCAACAGGGGGCGACAAACACCACAGCCAAAAAAUACCCACUGCGUCAGAGCAGGUCGUCUGGCUCAGACACUGAGGCAAACGACCUGAAGCAGGGUGCAGACCGGGACGAGACGCCUCCCCGGACCCCGACAGGUAACGCCCCGUCCUCAGAGUCAGACAUCGAGGUGUCCAGCCCUGGCAACGACCUCGUGUCUUCCAGCAACGAUAUUGUUGUUUCACAAGAGGAGGACGAGCGAUUGGCCAAAGAGCUGUCACUCAAAGAGGCCGCCGCCCACGACCUCUCCCACCGGCCCAAACGACGGCGCUUCCACGAGAGCUACAACUUCAACAUGAAGUGUCCCACACCAGGGUGCAACUCUUUGGGUCAUCUAACGGGGAGGCAUGAGAGACAUUUCUCCAUAUCAGGAUGUCCUCUGUACCACAAUCUGUCUGCUGAUGAAUGCAAGGGCAAGGCAUCGACGCGCGACAAACAGGCCGAGGAGAGGACGCUGUCACAUCGCCAGGAUGAGAACAGACACUCCACAAGAAACCAGGCUCCUACAGAGCGCCAGCUGCGAUACAAGGAGAAGGUGACGGAGCUGAGGAGGAAGAGGAACUCUGGUCUCAAUAAAGAGCAGAAGGACAAGUACAUGGAGCACCGUCAGAGCCACGGAGCGAGCAGGGAGCCGCUGCUGGAGAACAUCACCAGCGACUACGACCUCGAGCUGUUCAGGAAAGCGCAGGCACGUGCUUCGGAGGACCUUUCAGAAAACCCUCCUCUGCAGCCACAAGAGGAGUCUGAGAUAUUUUUGGAGAAGCUCCGUCUGGCCGGCCAGGUGUCGGAGGGCAGCAACAUGAUAAAGACCAUCGUGUUCGGCCGCUACGAGCUGGACACGUGGUACCACUCUCCGUACCCGGAGGAAUACGCCCGGCUGGGGAGGCUCUACAUGUGCGAGUUCUGCCUCAAGUAUAUGAAGAGCCAGACCAUCCUGCGCAGGCACAUGGCCAAGUGUGUGUGGAAGCAUCCUCCAGGUGAUGAGAUCUACAGGAAGGGGAACAUCUCUGUCUUUGAGGUGGACGGGAAGAAGAACAAGAUUUACUGUCAGAACUUGUGUCUGCUGGCGAAGCUCUUCCUGGACCACAAGACUCUGUACUACGAUGUUGAACCUUUCCUCUUCUACGUCAUGACCGAAGCCGACAACACAGGGUGCCAUCUAGUCGGGUACUUCUCCAAGGAGAAGAACUCGUUCCUGAACUACAACGUGUCCUGCAUCCUCACCAUGCCACAGUACAUGAGGCAGGGCUACGGCAAGAUGCUCAUAGACUUCAGUUACCUGUUGUCUAAGGUGGAGGAGAAGGUGGGCUCACCUGAGCGCCCCCUGUCUGACCUGGGCCUUAUCAGCUACCGCAGUUACUGGAAGGAGGUGCUGCUGCGCUACCUGAACAACUUUCAGGGCAAAGAGAUCUCCAUCAAAGAGAUCAGUCAGGAGACGGCAGUGAACCCAGUGGAUAUUGUCAGCACACUGCAAUCUCUCCAGAUGCUCAAAUACUGGAAGGGAAAGCACCUGGUUUUAAAGAGACAGGACCUCAUCGACGACUGGAAGGCCAAGGAGACCAAACGUGGUAACGGCAAGACCAUUGACCCCAAAGCCUUAAAAUGGACACCGCCUAAAGGGACGUAGAGGAGCUUCCUUUCACACUCCAAACCCAACACACACACACAGACAGAUCCUCCGUGUACACUGGCAUGCUCACAGACCCUGAGCCUAAACCCUCACACACACACACACACGCACACCUGUACGAAACGCUUUCAGCAGCUACAGCACAGUCAGCCACUUACAGAGUCAGCCAUUACUCUGGGUUCAUCAGCCACCGAACAUUGGCAAAUGUGCAGGAAUCUGAACCUAAUACAUGAAUGAAUAAUCAGAAAUAUUUUACCACCUGGCUGUGUGAGGUCAGUUUGUGAGAUCUGGCUCUGUGAAAUGUGACCAAGCUGCAGUCAGAGUUUCCAUCUGAAAUAUUAAAAGAAACAAGUAAAUCUCUAAUUGGUAAUUAGUGGUAGUGUUAAGAAGCAGUGUUGCAGCUUCAGAUGUCUUUCAAAGUUAACUGCGGUGUUUUUCACCAACUGGAUGUUUUUGUGCCUUAGUGACGAACCAGAACUAGAAGAGAAUCAAUUCAUCAUUUAUAUUUAGAUUUUAUAUUUUUGGUUUCAGGCUCUAACUAAGACACUAAAUGUCCGACAGACAGUAUGACUACAAUGUUAAAUAACGAGCUUACGCAGCAGCCGGUGAUGUCUGUCUACGCAGGAUCCCUGCUGAUACUUCCUCGACCUCAUUUAUUAUCUGGAAAGUGAAAGUAAUUGUGCGUUAUAAGUGCACCUUCUCGCAGACACCUGAUUAACAUAGAACACCAGACACGCCCGCUAAUCCAAUCUGCGGCAGGCGGAUCUGAACCUGCGCUGACCGAACGCAGGUCGGCAGCUCGUUGACUCAUGCAAUGAAUUUUGUCAGACACAGACCAGCUGGCUGUGAUUAAACAGGACGAAAAUACAUGACGUUUCUAGGAAUACGAGUCCUGACCUCUAUUUAUCAUUCAGGUCACAUGACUACACACAGUUCUCAAACAGACCGGGGAAGGCUUGAUGAUUUCUGUUAGAGCCCCACAAACAUCAGAACAGGAAUGAAAUAGUAUCUUGUUUUAACUUCUGUCCCUUCACACUAGGGCUGCACAGUAUGAGAAAAAUAUAACAUUGAAUACCACGAUAACGAUGUUACUUGUGAUAAAUAAAUAGAUUGUAAAGUGUACUCAGUUUCUGCAGAUUUCAGUACAGUACGAAAAUAAAACAAAUUGCUUGUUGAAUUAAAGGAACACUUCACCCCUGAAAUGAUCAUUUGCAUAUCAGUUACUCACCCCGUGUUGAGUUGGAUUCAUGAAAAAAACAUUGUUUUUCUUGCACACCUCCACCGUGAACAGAGAAUCCAGAAACAGGGAAAAUUCUCAGUGUAUUUAUUGGGGUCCACAUUUAACAACAGCAGAACUAUAUCCAAACAUCUGUUUACAACUCUCACACAAUUGGUGCAGUGUAAUUAUGCUCAGUACUUCACUAACGCAUGCAUUUUCUCGGAAACAUUACGAUCUGUUACUGAGCUGAAAGUGAAACGCAAUGCCAGACUCCAUUGAGAAAAACAGUAAUUUUACCUCAGUGAACACAGAAGCUGCUGGUUUAUUGUUGCCUCGAUCAGUGAGUCUCUUUUUGUUACUGUGUGACUUUGAUGUGUUAGAGGGUUUGUUCAGAUUCACCAAAGUCACACAAUAAAGCAGACAAACUGACUGAUUAAGGCAGCGCAUGGCCAGCAGCUCCCCGUGUUCAGCGAGGUAAAAUUAGAGUUUUUGUUAAUGGAGUCUGGCUUUGAAGAGAGCAUCAAUAAGUUUCAGUUUCCCCUUCAGAAAGGGCCGUCCGUUUGGGAAGUAUUGAGCAUACGGAUGUUUAAAUGAGACUUGGCUUAGGUGUUUUGAUAUUGUUUUGCUGUUGUUAAACGUGGACCCCAGUUAAUUCAAUUAAAAAAAACAGGUUUUUGAUUCUCUGCUCACUGUAGAGGCACGAGAGAAAAGUUUUCUAUGUGAAUUCAGUGUAACACGAGGUGAGUAAUUGAUAUACAAAUGAUCAUUUGGGGGGUGAAGUGCUCCUUUAAAAAAAUUAAAAGACGUUAAAUCUAACAUGCUUUUAUCGAAGAAAUUGAACAUUGAACUGAACUCAAAAGACACCACUAAAAAAGAAGAAUGGGAUUUUCUACUGAUACUCUAUCAACUAAAAAGAAAUACGAGUGCAGUAUCGCAGCCUUUCAGUGUGUUUAUGCCAUGACAAUAAAUGUAUAUCCUGCAGCCCUACUUCACACACUGUGGUACUUAAUUGUGUUCAGAGUGGGCAUCAGAUGCAGAGUGAUGUUGCUUUACGUCAUGCAUCCCAUCAACUUAAGAUUUUACAACUCUGUCUUUAAAAAAAAUAAGUGUAGACAUAUGAAAUGAAGAGUUACAGUCAGAUGGUCUGAGGUCAGAUGUGUGUGUCACAAACGUUUAACAGAGCAGAGCGUACAAACUGACGCUGACGGCGGCUGAUUGAACCCAGAGCUCAUCAAUAACUCAGCGUCUCUCUCAUGCAACAAACACACACCUCGUGUCCGUUAUAUAACCCGUCACACCCAUUAGUCAGGAAGCUAUAGCUGCCAUUGGCCGCGUUCGUACCGUGUUGUGUCCCCAGGAUGUGACCCGUACGUGGUGUCUUCCCUUCUUUCUUUUUUUUAACCUUAUAUCUUAGUGCCGGCUGUGUUGUUUCAUGAUGUGUUCUCAGUGUUGGAGCUCACAAACAUGUCCUCUCUGUGUUCUCUGUGGUGGUUUUGUUAAUGUUCUCAAUGAUAUUUUAUACUUUCUCUACCUCUAAGGUUUACCACUGUAUAAAAGCUACAACGGCCCAUUUUAAGCUUCGUUAUUUUCCUUUUUUAUUCUCUGUGUUGACAUGUGAAACUAAAGCAAGUGUUUGGUUUUUUUUUAACUAGAUUUUUAAAAAAUAUAUAUGCUAUUUAUAUUCUUAAAAUGAUAUGUUAACUGCGUAGAACGUGAAAGACAAGGUCUGGUAGAGGAAUGUCGACUCUAGGACGGGCUUCCUUGUGAAUAUGAAUAUUUAUCCUGAAAUUGUACGUAGGUUCAAAUGUGUAUAGAAGCUCUUGGAAGGUACCAACAAAGACAACGUGUACGUUUACAUGCACACUAAUAUUCCACUUUUAUUCCAAAUUUGACAAUAGUCCAAAUUUAAUACGGCUCAUGUUAAAAACAUUCUGUUUAGAUAUUCCGAGUGAGGCCUUCAGGCUGAUUUAUGUUUGGGCGCGUGACAUUUUUGACGAGUGUCGCUCAACAGAAAUUAAACAGUCACAAGACGUUUUCCAUUUAUGCUUCGGCAAAAGGUUUCAGACGUCUCCAUGGUAACCAGAGACCCCCUGCUUUUGUUCACGGUCGUUGUUCAGUAAAGAGUAUUCUGCACAGACAGCUGUUUAAAUCACACAAAUGUCCCACUGUACGUGUGUUUUAGUCUCAUUAACUUUACAUUCAUUGAUUGAUCAGCUCCCAGUCUGUCUGUGAGCCAAUAUAUACAAACACCAUUGAUUUUCCUGUGGCGCUAACAUGUGAAAUAUUUAGAUUCAGUAAAUGUCUGCUGUGUGUCAGCCUGGUGAAGGCAGUUCUGACGGCCUCUAUGGACAGAGACGCUGAAUGCUGGUCGGGUUCGGUGUGUGGCGACAACAGUGACACUACUACUAUGAGGGGGGGAUAAAAUCACUAAUUAGUAUAUAUAAACUCACUGUUGAUUCCCUUCAGUGGUGCUGACAUUAAAAAUAUUUGGGUUCAGUAAAUAACGUGUCUUGCAAAUGUGUCAGGUUUGCAAACAACAUACUUUAUUUUAAAGUACAGUGAAUUUCCGGCAUAGAGCUUUUAUUUUGAAGUGCUGUUUCCUGCUGUAGACUGAAUGACUAACGGAUAGCUACUUAAAAGAGACAGCACACGAGCCAAACGCAAGUGAGACACUGAAUAUAUUUGACUGUGUGGACCGUUAGCUAAUGACCAAGGGGGAUCUGGACCCCGUGCCUGGACCAGUUGGGAACCACUGGUGUAAAGCACACAAAUGUCCCGCUAUAUAUGUGUUGUUAUCUUAUUAACAUUUAUAUAUUUCCCACUCUCUUGCUAUGAUGAGAGGGGGAAAUAAAAUGAAUAAAUUAAUACAUACAAACGCCAUUAAUUUCUUCCCGUGGCACAGACAUGAACAAUAUUUAGGUGCAGUAAAUGUCUGCUGUCAGUCAGCCUGGUGAAGGCAGAUUGGGCAGCAGAGGGCUGCUUCUGUGGACAGAGACGCUGAAUGCACAUUGCGCAACAAAAUAUAACGAUGUCUGCGUCACAAGAAAAUACUCCAUGUGCACAACAUGAGAGGAAAGUGUCAAGCCGUCAGUCGAGUGACACUCUUCAAAAGUGUCACACACCCGAGCAUUAAUUAGGCUUUAUUCUGGAUGCAGCAUUUCUGAUUACGUUAGGUGUCGAUAUUAUUCAGGUUUUAGGAGCAUUCUUUGGGCAUAUAGUGCAUUUGUAAGUUUUGCAGUUUGCAACACAAAGCCUCUCGUCUGUUUACUAUAUAUUUACUGUAGGGUCGAGAUACAUGCCCAAAAAAAAGCCCACAUCUCGGGUCAGAAGGAGAAACACACCCACUUUUAAACAUUAUGAAAGACUUGGUUAGCAACAGGGUUUUGGAUAUGUGCACGUAUUGUAACACAGACCAUUUCAAGAAGGAGGUUGAAGGAAUAGACGAGGAAAACUUUAAAGAAUUCCAGGCACAAACAGCCGUUCUACUUUUCCAUAUUUCGACGUGACAAAUGACACAUUAGGACACGUUAAUCAGAGUAUGCACAGCUGCAUGUAAACAGGAAUAUCAGUGUAAUAUUCAUUUUCAUUACCAUGCAUGACAGCUUCUCAGGACUGUUGUCUUUUUUGGGAUAAGGGUAAAAAACUGAAUAUUUUGUGCAUGUAAACGUCAGUGACAGAAGUCAUUUACAUUUCAGACGUUUAUCUCCCGUUAUCAAAAGUGACAUCACUGAAUCAGAACACAUCACUUCUGCACGUUGUCACUACCUGUUACUGACAUAACUGCUGCUGCAACAUGUUUGGAAAAUAAUCUGUGUGUGUGAGACCGGUGAGCUCGGUCCCAUCAGCAGCAUCUCUGUAUCAUUAGCUGUUCAUUAGCCCUCUGUGUGCGAUUGAACACAUUUUAUUUCAUUGACAAUCUAAAUAUUUAUUGAUCUGCAUCAACUUUUUAAUUUUGGAACCAGCUUUUAAGGUUUGUUAAAGGAGCAGUUUGACGUUUUGGGAAAUAUUAACUCUCUUAAGAAGAGUUGGAUGAGAAGGUUGAUAUCAGUCUGCUCAUCUCUUGCAACAAAGCACAUCAAGUUCAUAGACUGCGCAAAAAUAAUGUAAGGUAGCCACCAGGAUGUCACCUAUGUUGAAGCCUCGAGUUUGGUGUUAAAGUUUGGCAACUUUUACUAUGGAAACCAAAACUGUUUUUUGUACCAGGCUGUAAACAUGUUUAUUUCAGCCUCAAGUGGCCAUCAGAGGAACUGCAGUUUUCAGCUCGGAGGUCGCUGCUUGAUAUUUCCCAACAAUGUGGAGUUGCUCCUUUAAACUUUGUGCAUAAGCUCAGACAGCAGUUGGCUGUGAAAUCGGAGGUGUGUGGCCAACAAUGUCAGAUUGAAUCAUCUUUCUGUUUUUUGUUUUGUAGCUUUUGUGACACAGUUUCAUGUGAGGAGACCACAGCCGACAGUUACACGAGCUUCUCUUCUUUCACAGUGUAACAAAUGUUGCCUUUCUGUUUUGCUUUGUGUUUUUAUGGUGUUUCCUCUCAACCAUCUGUGGAUUCAUGUGUUUGUUUCAUGUGUUAACCCUGUGGUUGAUUUUUUUGUCCUCAUUCGGGUCUUACAUGCAGACUUUAAAUCAAUACAAACAGGCCAUGCGUUUCAACCGACUGCAUUUAUCCUUUUAGCACCUGUUCUCAAUACACAUCUCUGAGUGAGUGUAGGGAGCCAAGUGUUUCGCCAAUUCUUAAGUGCAUUUACAGCAAAGUGCACUUUGAAAGGAAGAAUCCAUCCUAAAACACACCUCUUAACGAUGAUGAUGAUGAUGAUGAUGUUCAAUACGUGACAGGGACAGUUUUUUAUUCCUUCAGUUAUAUGAUGGAGUGUUUAAGAUAAUCCAAGGUUUUUGUUUGGGUUCCUAAAAACUUUAGUGCCGCCAUUUUGUACUGAUAUUUAACAAACACUCCAUCAUGAGCAGAGAACAUAUUUUAUAUUCUCACAGUCGCAGAAAUCUGAAUUAAUUUGUUUUUUUACUUGAAAAGGCUUUGCAUUCAAAUAACUCCCUGAGUGCUGAUGCUGAAUGUGCAUGCCUCCUCGGUGAACGGAGAAUCCAAAAAGGACGAGCACUCUUCAUUAACUGAAGUAAACAGGGGCCGCGUUUAACAGCAAAACUAUGUCAAAACUCUCACACAACUCGUGCAGUAUGAUCCAAGUCUCAUUUAUCCAGUUGUAUGCUCAGGACUUCCCAAAACAAACAGCGUUUCUUGACAGGGAACUGAAACUGACGAAAACAGUAAUUUUACCUCACUGAACACGGAGCUGCUCGUCUGUCACUGUUUCUGUCAGUCGGUACGUUUCCAGUCACAGUGAAGUGGAGCUACAGUCCCAGCUGGACGAGGACAUCUAACUGGCCUACUGUCCUUGUCCCAGUAUACAAGCACGGGAGGGGAAUCCAUUUAUUGAGCCAAGUAUGUGCGACUCCUCUACGAUAGGUGGAGAUAUGCCCCCUUUCAGCUUGUUAGUAUUGGACCUUUUUCCUGUUGACCUAUUACGUCACAGACCAAACAAUGGACAAACAAGUUAGCUACGGUUAGCUAGCAGCUAACUGCUACCAUGGUGGACAACUUUACAGCUCUGUACAUUUGGUCCGUCCAAAAAGUCACGGCUCUGGAUGUAGAUUUCUCCAUGUUGUUACCGGCUUCUUCUUCUCUUACACAUUUAAUGCUAUUGGACUUCCGGGUCAAAGCCCGGGGCGGAAACUGUGGAGCGCCGUGGAGCAUGCUCAGAGCGCCUCGGCCAGUUUGGGUCUGAUUGACUGUAUACAUGCAGGAGUCACAUGAUCUGGGUGUGUUAGUCCCACUGUGACACAUUCACUGCAGGACCAUUUCACUCACACUAACAAAUAAACUGACACAAUAAAUCAUUUUCUCUGAUGUCAUGUCAACGCACUGAAUGAAGUCUGGUAUCUGUAAGUUUCAUUUUCAGCACGGCACUGAGCACACGACUGGAUAAACGACACAGAUUUGUUACUGAGCUGAAACUGAAACUGAUCAAUGCCAGACUCCAUUGAGAAAAACAGUAAUUUUACCUCACUGAAUACCGAAGCUGCUGGUUCAUUGCUGCUUACAUCAGUGAGUGUGUUUUUGUUAUUGUGUGACUUUGGCGUGUUAGCGCAUUAGUUCAGAUUUACCGAAUCUCACACGAUUAAACAGACAAACUAACUGAUUGAGGCAGCACUACACAAGCAGAUCCCGUGUUCAGCGAUGUAAAAUUAGUGUUUUUGUCACUGGAGUCUGGCUCUAACGAGAGCAUCGAUAAGUUUCACUUUCUGAUCAGUUCCCUUUUGCAAAGGGCUGACUGAGGUUAAGACUGGAUUAAUGAGACUUGGCUUAUAUUGCUCAAGUUGUGUGAGAGUUUGUGAACACACGUGGACUCCUAUGACUUCAUCAUGACUUUCAUCAGUUUUUGGAUUCUUCAUUCACUGUGGAGGUGAGAAAAACAAAGUUUCCAUCAUAAAUCAACGUAACACAGGGUGAGUUACUAAUACACCAAAAAUUAUUUGGGGUGUGAAGUAUUUCUUUAAAUGUUAAAUUACAACACCACAAAUGAUCAUAUUAAAGAAAGUUUUCCCUUUAAGACAAGCCUUUUUUUAUUUAGAAACCUCUCUGUCUAGAUGUCUGUUUUUAUUUUUCAUCCUGAUGUCGUGCAGUUUUUCUGUGUGCCAGUGGCAGCUAUAGACGGGCAGCUUAUUAACACAUCUGAAAAGGGUCCCAGUUACUUAUCCCAUCACCUUCCAUAGGCCACCAGUGAGCUGUUGUAGUACUGCAGCACUUGAACGCACCCUGCUACCUGUUUUAAACGACGCACUCAAAGCAGCGACACACAAAACGUAGCGUGGCAUCGAUAUGUAGCUCAGUCGUGCUUUUGUACUUGCUUCUCCCCCUUCCUUCCUCCUCAAUAAAUGCAAACGGUGAAACA